CUCCAACACAACUUCACAUUUUUAGCGUCUUUAUGGUUAAAACUGUUCUGUUUUAUAUAAAAAAGACUUAGGUUGAUCCGAAAAUGAGUCUAACAGGUAAGCUGGAGGCUGAUGUAGAGAUGAAGUGUUCUGCUGAAAAGUUUCAUGAGGUGUUCUGCAGCAGACCUCACCAUAUUUCAAAUGUCACCCCUGAUAACAUUCAAGGAGUUGAACUGCACGAAGGUGAGUGGGGUGCGGUGGGUUCUGUCAUCUGCUGGAGUUAUGUUCAUGAUGGGGAGGCCAAAAUUGCAAAGGAGAUAGUUGAGGCAAUAGAUGCAGAGAACAACUCGAUCACUUUCAGAGUGAUAGAAGGGGAUCUGAUGAAGGAGUACAAGAGCUUCCUAAUCAAAAUGGAUGUAACUCCAAAGGGUGAGGGCAGUGUAGCACACUGGACAUUGGAAUAUGAGAAACUAAACGAGGAUGUUGCACAUCCAGAGACACUGAUGGAGUUGGGCGCCCAAGUCUCAAAAGAAAUCGAUUCCCACCUCACCAGUACUCAAGCAUAGAUACUACAUCUGAAUAUUGUCAUGACUCGCAUAUAUGUUCAGUGGUUAUGCUUGUGCGGGGAUGUAUGUUUAGAAUAAGUGUGCCAGUUUCAGAAGGUUUAGCAGUUAUGCAAAGUGUGUCUGUGUUGGAUUUACUUUUGAAGCUGAUUAAUAAAUUUGUUAUGUAUUAUAAUUUUGAUUCGAGUGAAUGCUUCUUUAAUUUGCUCUAAUUUUCUUGGACAA